GUUGUGUAAGAAAGCUCUUAUAAAACAGAGAAGAGGCCAAGGGAAAAGUUAAAAGCAACGGGUUUGGAAGCUGUAUUUUCCUGUUACAGCAAGAAACGUAAGGAAAGAUUCUUCUGAAGUAUGGCUUUCUUUGACGCUUGUCAACGUGGUGAUAUAAAUCUCCUCAGAGAUGUUAAUCUGCCAAGCUUACUUGUGGCAGUGCUUGCACGAGACUCAGAUUUGUUAGGAGACUUUCGAAAAUCGUUGAUCGAAAAGACGGAUAGCCAAGGUAAUACGGCUUUGCAUGUAGCUGUAACGAUGUAUAGCGUGGAUAUGGUGAAGCAGAUGUUAAAGUUAGCUGCAAAAUUACACUUGGUGAACUUGUGUGAUUGUAAAAAUAAUAUGCAAGAAACUCCACUAGAUAUUGCAAUAAGGUUGCAAUUCGUAGAAGCUGUAGAGGUCUUAAUACCUUGCACUAAAAGUGCACUGGAAGGCAAACACAACUCUGUUUUGCAUUUGAUUGUGUCACUUAACCAAGUCAAACUUCUUGAAAUUUUAAUUAAAUUUUCAGAAAAAAACAGGUUAGACUUGUCAAAACAUAUCAAUUUGCCUUACCAGCCUGCCACAAAACCUACUGAGAAAGAAAAUUGUGAUACAAGUCCAUCUGAUAAUGAAGGUAAUGGUGCUGCUUAUUGCGAGCAUAUCCAGCCUCUGCAUACAGCAGUGAGGAACAUCUAUGAACACCUUAUUAAGCAGGACAAACGUCCAACCCAGCCAAUUGUUCUAGGAGAUAUGCCUUUGCACACUGCAGCAAGUAAUAAAUAUGAGCGCAUAGUAGAUUUGUUGCUGAAAGUAGAUGGGGUGAACAAGCACGCCCUUAACCGUGAGGGCAAAACACCAGUCGACAUUGCGAGAGAAGUCAUGGAGUACCACGAAUCUUUCAGGAUCAUAAGAAAGCUGGGAGAUUUUAAAAGGAGGGUCAAACCUUUCAUGUAUUGUGCGCCACAAGUAAGCUAUGAAAAGCACAAGAGAGCAGGGGAUAUGAUUAACCGAGCCUAUGAAGAGAGACGCAGUGCAGAACUAGUGGUAGCAGCUUUGUUGGCAACCAUGACAUUUACUGCGGCCUUCACCGUCCCAGGUGGGUUCCAAACAGACACAAAGCAAAAGCAUGAGCUAGGGAGCCCUGUUCUCAUAUCCUUCACGUCAUUUAGGCUCUUCCUAACUUUCGACUGCAUAGCCUUCUUUCUAGCACUCUUCGCCUGUAUAAUGUGCCAGAUGACUUCAGAGCUUACCGUAGGGGACAAGCUGUUGUUCAUGACCAUCAACAGUGGAGUGGUCUGUUGUAGCUUUGGCUUCACUGCUUAUGGGUUUAUGGCUGCAUUAUACACGGUGUUGGAACAUAAAGUGAACGCUCUCUCUUGGGUGGUUUUGGGAAAUCUCAGUUUCAUUACAUUGUGUGGCAUUUUCGCAUGUAUCUAUCAAUCGGCAAGGUUUGCAGUGUCGCGAGCCAGAUUCCUCCGCCUGUGUGGCGCACCUCGUCUUGUAGAUGAUUUGGUAGAAUGGGUAUGGAAAAUAUUGGGCACUGGCUAUCCCGGGGAAAAUUUGCACCGUCUGGAUAGCUGUGCUUCCUCGGUCCGUGCCUUCUUCCUGCAGCAUCGUGCAACUCUCUGCAGCUCCGAAAAGUGUGUCCUGCCUGCCUCUUCCUGCAGCAUCGUGCAACCCUCUGCAGCUCCAAAAAGCAGGACACACUUUUGGGAGCUGCAGAGGGUUGCACGAUGUGCAGGAAGAGGCAGGCAGGACACACUUUUCGGAGCUGCAGAGAGUUGCACGAUGCUGCAGAAAGAAGGCACGGACCGAGGAAGCACGGCUAUCCAGGCGGUGCAAAUUUUCCCCUGGAUAGCCAGUGCCAAAAUAUUGGAGUGCUGUGGUUUUCUGGACACAUUACGUACUCUUGGUGGUGAUAAGAUCCGUGACGCUGUUUCUGGUCAAUUUUCACCGUAUGCAACAGACAGAUGUCCAUCGACCUCCAUUUUCAUUUGCAGCGUACUCCAUGCCUAUGCCAAAAUGGGAGCUUCCGAACAGGGUAGGCAUCCAUCAAAACAUAACGGAAGGGCAUGA